CUUCAUGUUGCUUUUGUAGUCGUUCAUCACUCAGGUCCAAGAUCUCCAUCAAGUACAGAGAGAGGAUUGUUCUCUGGACAAAAUGAGAAUACAGGUCAUUUUUGGAGUCCUGCUGAUCUACAACCACGUUGUCAUGGGUUCACUGUUUCAGGAUCAUGUCUGUAGAUUUACUCAGAGUAAUCAGUGUUAUGUAGCUGUGGGACAACAACUGUACCUGCAAAUGCCGCUGGAGGAUGAGUUUGACCUAAAUACCACUAGUGUAAUUUUAAGAUAUAGAAAAACCCAAAGUUCCCCACCAACACCAAAUCACUCAAGAUGGCAGUUUGUUAAUGAUAGUAAAACUAUGAUACUAACCAGUGCAGAGAGGAACGACUCUGGAACAUACACUUUAAACAUCUUUGAUGUAGACGGGAGAAGUAAAGGCAGUUAUACUCUCCAGGUGAACAUUGAAGCUCAGGUGUCCUCAGUGAAAUUGUCCUACAGCUGCUUGUUCUCUGGAGUCAGGAGAGUGUUCUGUUCUUCUGAUGGAGACAACCUGCACUUCAGCUGGACUUCUGAAUCAAUCACUCGGUUGGAGGACGACAACAAAACUCUCGUACUAGAUAAAAGCCAUAGAGAACAAUUCACCUGUCUUGUCGAAAAUCACGUCAGUCGUGAGCACAUUUCCAUUAAACUCCCGACAUGUAUUGGUGAGUUUGUCUUUCUAAGUAACAAAUGAAUCUAAUACUGUAAACUUUUAAUAAUAAAUAUCACUAACACUAUUGUGCAGUGCUUCUUACUUUC